UGACGCAAAGACGCAGGUGCUUUGCUGGCUCCUCACCUUGUGAAAACUACCAUUCACCUCUUCCCUCCUCCUUCUUCUUCUUCUUUUCUCACAUCAAAUCGCAAGCACCGCGUCCCUCCUCCGGAUCGAAAGCCUUCUCGUGCUUAUACCCUGUCUCUCGAUCGACCAUCGAGUGGUGUUUUUUGUCCCACCCUCAUCCCUACGCAAUUCGACCUGCCCCUCCAUCAUCGGUCUCAAACAACCCUGCAUCCUCAACGCGCUAUUAGUACCUCCCACAGUGCUCAAUCGGUUCUUAUUCAACGUCAAAUAGGCCCAAUCACCUCCAAGAACCCCGACAAUGGAGCCCGUCCCCGCCUCUACCAACCCCAAGGUCUCGCACAAACGCCGCAUCGGCGUGCUGACCAGCGGCGGUGAUGCGCCCGGCAUGAACGGCGCCGUGCGCGCGGUGGUGCGUAUGGCAUUGGCGCAGGGCUGCGAGGCCUACGCCGUGUACGAGGGCUACGAGGGGCUCGUGCAGGGCGGCGACAUGAUCCGCGAGAUGGGGUGGGAGGACGUGCGCGGUUUCCUCUCCGAGGGCGGCACGCUGAUCGGGUCGGCGCGGUGUGCGGCGUUUCGAGCGCGACCGGGGCGGCUGCAGGCGGCGAACAAUAUGGUGUUGAGAGGGAUUGAUGCGUUGGUGAUCAUUGGGGGCGAUGGGAGUUUGACGGGGGCGGAUAUCUUUCGGCGGGAGUGGCCAGGUCUGAUACAGGAGCUGGUGGAAACGGGGGUGAGGAAGGAGGAGGAGGUGGCGCCGUUCCAACAUUUGAAUAUCGUGGGGAUGGUGGGGAGCAUCGACAAUGACAUGAGCAGCACGGAUGCGACGAUCGGAUGCUAUUCGUCCUUGCAUCGGAUCUGUGAGAUGGUGGAUUACAUCGACGCGACGGCGCAGUCGCAUCAGCGGGCCUUCGUCGUCGAGGUCAUGGGCAGACAUUGCGGUUGGUUGGCCCUCAUGGCGGGAGUGAGCUGUGGCGCCGACUUCAUAUUCAUCCCAGAGAGCCCUCCGCCGGAGGAUUGGGAGCACUUGAUGUGCGGCCGGGUAGAAAAUAACCGCAAGCGUGGCAAGAGAAAGACCAUCGUCAUCGUUGCCGAGGGGUCUCAGGAUCGAAACCUCAAUAAGAUCACGACGGCCAUGGUCAAGGACGUGCUGACAAACCGAAGCCAUCUCGACACUCGCAUCACUACCCUUGGUCACGUUCAGCGAGGCGGUCAAGCGUGUGCGUACGACCGCAUGCUUUCCACCUUGCAGGGCGCCGAAGCAGUCAAGGCCGUUCUCGAAGCGACCCCUGAGACGCCCAGUCCGGUCAUCUGCAUCAUCGAGAACAAGAUCGUGCGGCGGAAUCUGGUAGACGCGGUCGAGGCUACGCAGAGGGUGUCUAAGCACAUUGCGGAGAAGAACUUCGAGGAGGCGAUGAAGGGGCGAGAUGCGGAGUUUCUGGAGUACUACAGGAACUUCCUCAUCACCACGGAUAUCGAACGCGAGGACCUCCUACUUCCGAAGGAGAAGCGCUUGCGAAUCGGCAUUAUCCACGUCGGUGCCCCGGCGGGAGGGAUGAACGCGGCAACCCGUGCAGCGGUCGCGUACUGCCUUGCUCGGGGACACACUCCCGUCGCCCUUUACAACGGCUUCCCCGGCCUGUGCCGUCACCACGACGAUGAGCCUCUGGGGUCGGUCCGCGAAAUCAAAUGGCUCGACGCUGACAAUUGGGCAUCCCGGGGUGGGUCGGAGAUCGGAUGCAACCGCGGCCUGCCCGAAGCGGACAUGGAGACGGCGGCCAUGUGCUUCAAGCAGCACAACAUCCAGGCGCUAUUCUGUAUGGGCGGGUUCGAGGCCUUCACGGCGGUCAGCCAGCUGCGCAAGGCGCGCGAGCACUACUCUAGCUUCAAGAUCCCCAUGGUGGUCAUCCCGGCCACCAUCUCGAACAACGUCCCCGGGACCGAGUACUCGAUCGGGAACGACACCUGCUUGAACGCGCUAAUCCAGUACUGCGACGCCUGCCGGCAGUCCGCCUCGUCCAGCCGUCGCCGCGUCUUCGUCAUCGAAACCCAAGGCGGCGCCUCCGGCUACGUCGCCACCGUCGCCGGGCUCAGCAUGGGCGCGUUGGCCGUGUACACGCCGGAAGAGGGGAUCAACAUCGACAUGAUCAACGACGACAUCAAGUACCUCCGCAAGGUCUUCGCCAAGGACAAGGGCCAAUCCCGCGGCGGCAAGAUCAUCCUCCGUAACGAGAAGGCGUCGAAGACCUACACGACGGACUUCAUCGCCGACAUGAUCCGCGAGGAGGCGAACGGACGGUUCGAGUCGCGGGUCGGUAUCCCCGGGCACUUCCAGCAAGGCACCACGCCGUCGCCGAUGGACCGGGUGCGCGCGACACGGUUCGGGAUCAAGACGAUCCAGUACCUGGAGAUGUUCGCCGGGCAGAGCAAGCAGGACAUCGCGGACGACCCGAUGAGCGCUGCGGUCAUCGGGAUCAUCGGGAGCAACGUGAAGUUCAGUGCCAUGGAGAAGGUAGAGAAGACGGAUACGGAUUGGAAGAAUCGGAGGCCGAAGAACGAGUUUUGGAGGGAGUUUAAAGUGCUGGUGGAUACUUUCAGUGGGCGAAAUCUGAAGAGGUACUAAAGACUAGACGAUUUUGGAGGCGAUUUAAUGAAGGUUGCAUUCAAGACGGUCACGACCACUUCGACGCCUAAGGGUCUUCCAUCCCUACAGUAUAUAAUCUUGACUAAACCCUACAAUGACAUAUCGACUCCCCAUCGAACCAUUA